GCCUUCCCCAGCUGCUGUGGCAGGUUUCUCCCCAGCCGGCUCGGGAAAGCCCCGGUCAAAUGGGAAAGGAAAAGGACAGGUGGGGAAAGCCUGGGCCCGGCUGGGGAGAGCCUGGCCAGCCCGGGUUGGAGGGGCUGGGUGAGAGCCGAGCCGAGCCGAGCCGAGCCGGGCCGAGUCGGGCCGGGCCAGGGGCCCCCACCAUGGCUAAGGGCAGUUUCUGGGCCCCGCUGCUCCUCUGUCUCCUCCAGCCAGCACCAGGGAGCCCCAAAUUGGCCCGUCCACAGAAUGUGACUCUGCUUUCCCGCAACUUCAAAGUAUAUUUGACAUGGCUCCCAGGACCAAACUAUCCCCUCAAUGUGACUUAUGUGGUACAAUAUCAAAGCUUUGAAAAUGAGGAGCGCUGGAGGACAGUCAAGCAUUGUGUGGGGAUUGCCAUGGAGGAGUGUGACCUCACCUGCCUGAAGAAUCAGAACCCACAUAUCAAAUACAAGGGGAAAGUCCGGGCAGUGGCCCCUGGGACCUACUCUCCGUGGGCAGAAUCUCCCAAAUACAUUGAUUAUUUCUUUGAUGUGGAACCAGCCCCACCCGUACUGACCUGGAUACGGACCAAGGAGACCUUAAGCAUCAAUGCCACCUAUGAGUUGCCCUACUGCGCAGGCUUUAUGAACCUGAAAUACGAGGUGGAAUUCUGGAAGGAGGGUUCUCCUGGACAGACCCAGUCCAGCCCUACACGCCAUGGGACAGAGGUGAUGAUCAAUCUCUCCCCAGCUUCUACUGGGCGCUACUGCCUGAGUGCUCGGGACAGUCUACCUCACAAACAUUCCAAAUACAGCAAGUUCUCUCAACCAGUCUGUUUCCUGCUGGGGACCCCAGGAACCCAGCAGAACAUGCUGGCCUUGGUGCUGCCAUUGCUCCUGGCUAUUGUCAUUGUGCCCUGUAUAUACUGUCUGAACAACAUCUACUUCCAGAAGGCAAAGAUGCCUCAGAGCCUGGACUUUUCUGAGUACAGAUGCCCUGUGAAAAUCUUGGAACUGAACAGACAAGAAUCUUUUAGGGACUUGUUCAUGUGCCCAAAGAAUAAUUCCAGACAGGGAAGAAGGCCAUGCACAAGAUCCAGGAGCCCAGGCAUCGUACAACCAGCUGAGAUGGAGGAUUCUGAGGCUGAGGGGGACAGUGAAGAUGGAGAGUCUGAGGUUACAGAUGACAGUGGGACCUUUGAACCUUACCUUGGGAUUCCUCCCUUAAAGGAUCAGGUGACUGAAAUGAAAAGUGAGACAAACAUACAGAGUUUGGAGUCUACAGGGUCCUUGACAUAUCAUGCAGACUGUCAUUUCUCCCCAGUUAUGGACACUUCAGACAGUGGAAACGUGUCUGACUCUUUCUGGGGAGAGCCAGGUACCAUUAGCUCUUUGAUCGAGGAUGGCAUCUGUGAGCAUGGCCCAUCUCUGCCAUCAGCCACAUCCUUGAAGAACUCAGAGGUUCUAAAAGAGCCUUCAGAAGGUGACUUGUCUUCCAGGGCCUCUCCAGUGCCUUUGGGCCCCUCCUUACCUGGGCUGGCGAUCCUCCCUAAAGAACCCCUGGUUUCUCUAGGGACACUGAUAAUUACCAUGGACAGAGGGGCCCAGGAUGGAUCUGAGGAAGAGGAGGAUUGGUUUAUGGAGGAGGAAGAGGAGGAUAUAGGUGAUGGCAAUGAAAUGGAGGGCCUUUGGAGUGAAAACCCCAAGAAGCCUAAGGGCACAGAUUACCAGCACACACACUAUAGGCUUCACUGA